AGCAAUCAUUCGACCACUCUCAUCCUUCUCUUUUCGACACAUUCGACAAAUUUGUCAGCAAACAUCGAUAGCGAUUACAAGAAGCUACUCUGACAUCAUUGUUCGAACACAUUCAUCCUUCAUUUACCGAUCCUCGACUCUCGUUUCACUAGACACUCGCCAACGAUGCCUCGCAUUCCCGUUAGGACGGAGCCAUACACAAGCCCUUCGAGGCAACAUCGACACUAUAAAAACAAACGAGAUCAAGUUCUGAGAGCAUUAGGAAAAGCUGCAUAUAUCAAUGGAAGUCAUUUUGCAAUCAUGUGGGUUUCAGCCCGUGGUGAUGUUGAGACAUAUGCAUCGGAAGCAUUGCAAGGUCGACUGGAUGAUUGGUUCAUCAAAAGAGGAAUAACUGAUGAAGCAAAAGAACUCGUUCGUGCUUCCCGUAAUAGCUUGACAAGAGCACCACCUCCAGCAUUCGACAUCGAUGAUGAGAAUUUCGACGAUGAUGAAGAUGCAGCAAGCGAUGAUGAGACUAGAACAUUGGGGAGAAGUUUAAAGAUGUCUCAAUCAGCUGAUAACACACCUCUACUACAGAGUGAUGUCUUUGGAGAAAAUCGCCCGACUCUAGAACGCAGUGCAUCAACUACAACCAACAUGAGAGCAAGACGUAUGAUGGCACCCUUGGAUACAAAUGGAGCAAAUGAUUUUUACCGUGGAACUCAAGAUCCAUCGUCAGCAGGAACGCCAUUGUCCGUACCUCAUUCAGCUAUGGGAAUGUCUUUCAGAAGCCCUUUUGGAUUUGAGAAUGAAUUCCUACCUGUUCCUCAUACUGCGCCUCUGCGAAAUGACUUGCCUCUACCGUCUCCAUACAUGCGCACGCCUUUCUCCCGCACCAUGUCAAGCUCAAUCCUAGGAAGUGCGCCUCAGUCAGCAAAGUUGGUGGAGACGACAUUCAAAAAUGCUGCCGCUCGUACUGCUUUCUUGGAGCUACGGUUUAGCCAGCUACAACAAGGAAUGUGCAAAACAGUAGCAAAAGCAUGGAUCAAAGUGAUUGAACCAAAGAAGCAAACUCGUUGUCCUUACAACAAAGGUGAAGAAGGUAAACCAGAUUGGUGGCCUGAAGGAGUGCGUCACAAAGAGCCAGACCAUCUCAUGAAGCCAGAACGUCAUGAGUUGCUACUCACCAUUCUUCGAAGCUCGAAAAUCAAAGUAGCAAGAUUACAAUUAGCAACAGCAGAAGUUGUUGCUUUGAUCAAAGCUGAUAAAGUCAGCCUUUUGAUGGAUGUAUACCGCAUUGCCCGUGAAGAAGAAAAGAUGCGAGAAAAGGGUCUAGAAACAGAUAAGGAAUGUAGCGUGCAAGUAAGCACCUUGGAGGGAUGGUCGGAAGCAGACCAAUGCGCCAUCGCAACCGAAAAAGGAGAAGGUGAAGAAGGCACAACCUCAGAACAACGGGCAGACGCAGACGAGAGCACAGAAAAUCCCCGAAAGAGGUCCGGUGUUCAGAUUGGCCGAUCUGCUUCUACAUCGGCUGCUUCCCGACCAAAGAGACAAAAUGUUGGCGCUUCAAUCGAGACACCGCCAUACCUAUUCGGAUCAGGAUUCAAACCAGCCGAGCAACCGUCUCAAAUUCCUACUGUUCCUCGUCGUCCUCACAACACUGCUCAGACAUGGUUGUUGCACGAAGCUACUAGAAAUGGAAUCAAGAGGACUUCAGUAUCCAGUCACACUUUAUCGGGUAACCCUUCAGCUACGAUUGCAGCAGCAAAUGCGAAUGCAAACUCCAACGUCUCCUUCCAAAACCAUACAUGGCAACAGCAAUACCAACAGCAGAUGCAAAAUCAACAACGUCAAUUUGCAGCUGGUAAUGAGGAACAAAAUCAACAGCAACUAUUGCAGCAAAAUUACGGUUUGGUCACGCCAUUGAGCGGUAAUGCACAAUUGAUGGAUCCUUCCUUCUUGACUGCAACCAAAGAAGGCGAACCUAGCGAAGCUGUUGCGGGUUACAUGUCUGCACCGACCGGACAUGCUCAAUUGUACCCUCAUAUGCCAUUCAAUGCUAUGUACAAUCUUCACAUGCCGAGAAGCAAUGGUCAGGAAUCGCAUCAACCGCAAGCAUCUGGUUCGCAAACACAGCUUCAAGAUCAAAGGCAGUUGCCUCAAUCCAGUCAAAAUACCAUGGAAAUCAUGCAAAUGCAAGCAGGUCAAAAUAUGUACGGAAUGGAUGCUUCGACGUCUGCAUCAGCAGGAGGAGCAUUGGGCUUACACGGCUUGAAUGGUAUGCAAUGGAGCAACAAUGCUGAUUCGUAUAGCAACUACACUGGAGCCGUUCAAUCAACGAGCAACACACAAGCUGGAGCUGGUGAAUGGUGGCAGCAAAGCAUGCAACAUCCACAGCACCAACAGCAUCAACAACAGACUCCUCUCUCUGUUCAGCGUCAACAACAAUCGGCUGAUAGAACUCAAGUCAGCAGAGACGAUCACGGUGCUGGAGAUGCAACUUUUGAUACCAGUUUCGCAUCAACAAUCGAGAGUGCUGGACCUGCCACACCACCACAGAGCAGCGCACACCAUUCCACAAACGAUAAACAGGCGAACAAAACGGCAAACGACUUCACACAGCGAGGAGUUGUAUCUCAUCCGACUCAUCAGUCCAAUCAGGCAACGAUGAAUGCAUUUGAAGGAUGGAUGUACGGCAAGCAGGGCUGAUAUUUGUUGUGCUCUCUUUCAGCCUGGUCUACAUUUUAUUUUUAUGUUUUUCACACAUACUGGAAUCCGAUUCCGGCGAUACCUAUUUUUUUCUCAUUCAUUCAUGGCACUUCGUCUUAAUCAUAAUCGCUUUAUCUAGAUAUACCUUUCAUUGAACUUUUGGUUUAACCUCUGUCUAUUAUUGUUUUGGUUAGUACCUAUACUCUUCAUCAUCAAUCAUUUGUACCAACGCAUUUCAAUCAAUCCAUUCAUCU